UCUCUUGCCGACGCCACUGGCGUGACCCGGCCGGGGAGACGGGAGACGCGUCAGCCGCCGCCGCCGCCGCGCUGGGUGGGAGCGGAAGCCUGUCUGUGAGGGGAGCAGGAGCCAUGGGGGACGCGGCCUGCCGUUCCGAGGACGCCUGUUAGGGGGAGCGCCCUCGCCGCCGCCGCCGCCGCCGCCUCAGGAGAAGCCGAAGACGACCUCCCUCCCUCCCUCCUCCCCGCCCCGCUUGCUGGAGCCAUGGACAAAGCCGUCGGGGGCCAGGGAGCCCAGAGAGAGCAGUUCGGGUGACGGGAGCUUUCCAAGACCCGGCCGCAGAAGAGGAGCUGGGCUGCGGCUGCUGCUUGCUGCUGGAGCGUCCCUGGGCUUUUUUCUCCGGCUGCUCCCUUAGGACUUUCCUGGGCUUCCUCGGCGCGAAGCUGGCCAAAGAACGUGAAAUUGUCUGCUGAAGUGGAACCGUUCAUUCCGCAGAAGAAGGGGCCCGAUUCACUGGUGAUGCCAAUGGCGCUGCCUAAUGAUGGCGGGAACAUCAGUGGCGUUGAGGCCACUCCGAUUCCCAGCUACCUGAUUACAUGCUACCCCUUCGUUCAAGAAAACCAGUCCAACAGACAACUUCCACUGUACAAUAAUGACAUCAGGUGGCAGCAGCCAAACACAAACCCCGCCGGGCCGUAUCUGGCUUAUCCCAUUAUAUCUACUCAGCCACCAGUUUCCAGCGAGUAUACAUAUUACCAACUGAUGCCGGCACCUUGUACUCAAGUCAUGGGAUUCUAUCAUCCCUUCCCAACACCUUACUCUGCGCCCUUUCAGCCUGCAAGUGCCAUAAACACAGUCACAGCACAAUGCACGGAUCGUCCGGCCCAACCAAGCCAGGCCUUUCCGUUGUGUAGCCCCAGGAGCAGAAGUACCAGCAGAGGAUCGGUGGUGCAAAAACAGCCAUCUCAACCCCACAUAAAGAGCAAAAGGCCUCCAGUGAAAAGUGUUGCUAUCCAGAAGGAAACAAAUUCUUCGGGCCCAGAGAACAGACCCAAAAUUGUCCUAUUGGUGGAUGCUUGUCAGCAAACAGACUUCCCUUCAGAGAUUGCCAGCAAGUCCCUCUCGGAGAGUGUGAGUGGUCUGCACUGGAAGCCGAGGGGCCGGCGACGACGCGCCUCCCACCCUGCCGAGUCCUCGAGCGAGCAGGGGGCGAGCGAAGCCGAUAUUGAUAGUGACAGCGGCUAUUGCAGUCCCAAGCACAGCAACCAAGCAGGAGUAGUGACAUCCAGAAACGCUGAAUCGGCCGGAACAAACAUCAAAGAAUCAUCCAUACACCCAGUUGGUGCCAGCUGGGCGAGUGUCACUUCACAAGCCACUCAGAAGAAGCCUUGGAUAGAGAGAAACUCUUUCUGCAGAGGUGGACUGCAGCCUGAACAUCAGCAUGAUUCAGAGCCUGGUUUUAAAUAUAGAGGUCACAGCACAUCUUCCGAAAGGAAACAGAGUUUGCAGAAGAAAAUUGAGAAACCAGUAAUCACAAGCCAGUCAAACAAAGUAGAGCAGAGCCCUGCACUGCUAUAUUUUGGGGAUGAAGAAGAAUUCCCAGAGCUAAAUUGCGAUAGUGGACAUUCUAAAGUUAAUAACAUGCAGCUGAAGCAUGCACCCAAAAUGUUGGAUGGUCUUCCUGAAAAUUCUCCAAUCAACAUAGUACAGACUCCGAUUCCGAUCACCACCUCUGUUCCCAAAAGAGCCAAAAGUCAAAAGAAGAAAGCUCUCGCAGCAGCGUUGGCUACCGCCCAAGAAUAUUCUGAAAUCAGUAUGGAGCAGAGAAAGCUUCAGGAAGCCGUUUCAAAAGCAGCUGGGAAGAAGAGUAAAACUCCUGUGCAGUUAGACCUGGGGGACAUGCUGGCAGCGCUUGAAAAACAGCAGCAGGCAAUGAAGGCUCGGCAGAUCACAAACACCAGACCGCUCUCGUACACAGUUGGCAGUGCAGUCCCCUUUCACACCAAAGAAUCCGCCAGCCGAAAGUCCUUCUCCAAAGGGCAGCCAUUGGUGGGUUGUCUUAACCCUUUGGAUCCCACUAGCCCGAAAGUAAAACGAGGGAAAGAGAGAGAACUCUCAAAGUUGAAACGCCCUACAGCACUGAAAAAGAUUAUUUUGAAGGAGAGGGAAGAAAAGAAAGGACGUUUAUCAACCGAUCACAGCCUUUUGGGAGGUGAGGAGGAGGAGGAGGUGACUCUGACUUCCAACCAGGCGGAAGAACUAACAUCUCAAGAAGAAACUGGUCUGAGCGUGCCAAGUGACACCUCGCUCUCUCCAGCAAGCCAGAAUUCUCCCUAUUGCAUGACUCCCGUUUCCCAAGGCUCGCCUGCAAGUUCAGGGAUAGGAAGUCCCAUGGCAUCGUCAACUAUCACCAAAAUUCACAGCAAACGAUUCAGAGAGUACUGCAAUCAAGUUCUGAGUAAAGAAAUUGAUGAAUGUGUGACUCUCCUGUUACAAGAGCUUGUCAGCUUCCAAGAGCGAAUUUAUCAGAAGGAUCCUAUAAAAGCCAAAGCGAAGAGGAGACUUGUGAUGGGGCUGCGGGAGGUUACCAAGCACAUGAAGUUAAGCAAGAUCAAGUGUGUCAUUAUUUCUCCCAACUGUGAGAAGAUUCAAUCCAAAGGUGGACUAGACGAAGCUUUGUAUAACGUGAUCGCCAUGGCUCGGGAACAAGAAAUCCCUUUUGUCUUUGCCCUCGGACGCAAAGCGCUUGGCCGCUGUGUGAACAAGUUAGUUCCUGUCAGCGUGGUGGGCAUCUUCAAUUUUUCAGGCGCUGAGAACCUCUUUAACAAACUGGUCUCUCUGACGGAAGAGGCCAGGAAAGCCUACCGAGAUAUGGUUUCAGCCAUGGAGCAAGAGCAGGAGGAGGCCUUGAAGAACAUCAAGAAGGUGCCCCACCACAUGGGGCAUUCCCGGAACCCUUCGGCAGCCAGCGCCAUUUCGUUCUGCAGCGUGAUUUCAGAGCCAAUUUCAGAGGUGAACGAGAAGGAGUAUGAAACCAAUUGGAGGAACAUGGUGGAAACCUCAGAUGGUUUGGAAGCCUCUGAAAACGAAAGAGAAGCGGCGUGCAAGGUUGUUGCAGCUUCCGAAAAACCUGGCAAGCCUAAUGCUGCUGCCGGUAAGCCUUUGUCUCUAGCCGCUGUUGGCCUCGUCACGGUGGCCUCCCCCGGUAAACCACUAAGUGGGAAGGAGGAAGUGAAGCCAGAUGACAACCUGGAGUGGGCCUCCCAGCAAAGCACAGACACCGGGUCUUUAGAUGGCAGCUGCCGGGACAUUUUGAAUUCUUCCAUGACCAGUACAACCAGUACUCUAGUGCCAGGGAUGCUUGAAGAAGACGAGGAGGAGGAAGAGGAGGAGGAGGAGGAAGAGGACUACGCUCACGAACCCAUCUCGGAGGAAGUUCAGCUCAACAGCAGAAUUGAAUCGUGGGUCUCGGAGACUCAACGGACUAUGGAAACCCUUCAGCUUGGAAAGACCCUCAGCGGGGCAGAAGACGAGAACGCGGAGCAGAGCGAGGAGGAGGAAGAGGAGGAGGAGGAAGCAGAAGCACAAGCGCCCGAGCAAGCAGAGUUGGUUCUUGACAACGAGGAAUGGACAUUAGACAAGACUACGAGUAAAGGCCAACAGAAACCGAAUACCUGCACCCCCACCGACACAAAACACACAGACUCGAGUUAUAUACCGUGAACUUUAAGUCCAGACUCAGGAAACUUCUUACUAUUUAAAAACAAAAAGAAAAGAAAAACUAAUUGUUGUAAGGAUUGCAGCCAUUGCUUUGUGUGCUUCAUCUCGGCAUUUUUGCACUGUGUAACAUUUAAUACCUGUAUUUAAUUCACCUUUUUUUUUGUAGCCAUCUUCGUUACUUCUCCACCGAGACCUAGACGUGUGCAUGUGUGAUUAAUAUUUAUAUCUUUUCUUAGAACAGGCUAUGUGCGUUAAACGGUCAUCUCUUUUCGUAUGAGGAAACUCUUUGCACCUGACCAUUUUUAAGGCAAAACUCUUCUUAAACUGAAAAAAAGGAAAAAAAAAAUCUUACAUAUUUUUCAAGCGUUGACAGUAUUGACCAAUGUUGGCUUUGCCGUGAACUUCUUUGGGAGGUAUUUGGCUACUGAGUACCUAACAUUAAGCCAGAGCGAUGUCUUGUUUUUCGUUUCUGCUCAGACUGUUAAAGUGACAGAAUGAAAACGUCUUCUAAGAAAAAGGGCUAGAACAGUGUUUCCCAAACUUGACAAUUUUAAGGCAUGUGGACUUCAACUCCCAGAAUUCCACAUGCCUUAAAAUUGUCAAGUUUGGGAAACACUGGGCUAGAAAGAUGCAUACUAACCAGUCACUGAAUCCGUGCACCUCCUUAUUAGUAUUUUUAGGAUAUUUAAGUAAUAACACUCCUGAAGGACUGGUUUUCAAUUGGCUAAAACCAUUUUGGCUGGCUCCUUUGGUGAAACAUCUCCCAGCAGGUACUUUGGUAAUGACGUAUCUGUUUACUUUCCAACUGACAUUGUCCACGUUAUCACUUUGCCCACAAGCCGACUGCCAAAAGGGACUCAUUAAUCACCACAAGCUUUCUUUACUUGGUUUUCUUAAUUUCCACUCUGAUUCAGCACGCCGUGUUCUGCUUCUUAAUGCUUUCGCUGAUCUCAGGAAUGUUACGACGAGUUCAUACAUGCCGUGUAAAUAGAAAAAAAAAAAAAAAGAAUCGGUUAUCGACCAUUUAGCAUAAAAUGAAAUAGGAAGCGUGAGAGAAGGGAAAGGAAAGUUGGUGUUUGGAUCAGCUUACUUGUUCCUUGGAGGUUGACCUCAAUGAGAAGGUGGACUCUUUGGUCUUCUAACAGCGUACCCUUUUGGAAGUAAAUUUUCUUAAAUGUGAGAGGUAGAAGUGGCUUUAUGGCAAGGAAGUAUCCUUCGUCUUGUGGAAUGUCAGAGCGGGUGAGAGAGAAAUUGUUUUUAAUGGCUUGCUUAUGUCUCGCAUGCCUGUUCUGAGUUUUCUAGCGCUCAUUUCACCAAACCAAGUUGCAUCAGGUGGGGAGGGAGGGAGGAGGGCAGGGUGGGACAGUGGCGGUUUGAGGUGGUGCAAGAAGACAAGCUUUAUGAAAAUAGGGACAUCCCCAGCGUUGUAAAAUAUUGCAUAGGUCAGUAUGCUCUCUUUAGUUUGGGACCAAUAACGAUCACAUUUGAAGCUAGUAACUUUAUUUCUAAUACGAAAAACCAGAUGAACUGUUUCACCAUUUUGUGUGUGGUUGCCUAGUGUGAGGAGCGUAGCAGAAAAGACAGUUUGAAUAAAUAGCUCUUGUAUAUGGAAUUAGGAGAGGAUGAAUAGGAAAGGGACUGGUGGCUACUAGUAACCUUGCCGAUUGUCCACAGGUGGAAACGUCUUCCUUUCAAAGUGCUGAUCAACCAAAAUGACUCGUUCAAUAGAUAUUGUCUUAAACAUCUCGUCUCCUUUUCCAGGACCUGGUUUGUCCCUUGCCAGUUUGCAUAAAACCCAGUAGAUAAGCACACACACAAGAGCUCUUUCCAUUGUUCUCUCUUUCCAAUUCAGGCCAGGCAUUCCGGUGUAUCUCGGUUGGAACGUCGCGUGUGACUGUGCUAAGUCUUCAAACUGCAGCAGAUCUCUUUUAAGACAAAUAGCGUAUCAUUGGUGGAAGCCAUACUUUACAAAGUGUUCGUCCUGGAGGCCCUAAGAGCCAAGUUGAGAAUAGAAUGUGUCUAUGAAUUGUAUUAGAUUGUACUCCGUGUUCAACGUGCUUUUUUGCGAUGCAGUGCGGUAUUAACAUUUCUGUUCGUCCCUUUUGUCCCUAGUCCGUGAUGUUUCUUCUCCGUAAGUUAACGUCCAUACCGGCAGAAAUGGAUCCUUGUUAUAAACAGGGACGGUCCAUUUCUGCAGUUUUAUUGGGCCCAGCUCAGCAAUGUUUCCUCUUCCUUAAAAUCAGUUUAAUUAAUUUCACUAGAGUGAAUAGCAAAAGGGGGAUUUCUGGGGUGGGAUGCGGUGCGUGUGACACGUCUGAUGGGUAGAGGAAAUAGUCCUAAGCACUUCCAGUAUUUGCAUAAAAAGAGAAGCCACAAAGUAUUGAGGGAACACAAGGUGGGCUGAUGCACCGAAAUCUAUGGUGGGCCAAAUAAUAAGAAAGCGGGGUCUGUAGGCUAAUUGUAACAUGUAUGUGUUUAUCCUAACAAAGUUGAUUACAGUACUUGUACCCCUCCCCUGUUACACCCUCUUCCCCAGCUUACGUUUUAAAUGGCAUGUUUUUACAAACCUUUUGACAUUUGAUCAGUGAUUGGUGUAGUGUUUGAUUGGCUGUUUGGGUUUAUUUAUUAUUUCUUUUUUUUAAAAAAGGAAGAGAUCCUUUUGAAUGAUGCACUCAUAUGUAUUCUGAACACAUCACUAGGGAAUACCUUAGAUUCUUCUUUGGGUGGACCUAUGCAGUGUAGCUAAAUCCAAUUGUCAACUGGAAGCUCUUAAAUUUUAAUGGCACGGGGAGGGUGAGGGGGAGGGUGACAAAAAAGAAGUCUCGUUUGAAAAGCUGCUGUCUAUUGAAAUUGUGGUAAUGUGUGUGUGUGUUUGUGUGCGUGUAUGUGUGAGAAAUUGUGCCAAUUAAUCAAGAUGCUCAGUCAAUUUACCAGAUUUUAAUCACUAACGGAACACUUUUUUUAAAAAAGCCAUAAAUGGAAACUGUACAGCUCGGUGCCCAGUUCAGUCCUACACACAGAAUAAACCUUAAAACAAUAAUUUGGGGAAAAAAAGUAGUAUAAGGGGCACAGCCUAAUUAAUGUUUAUAUGUGAUUAAUGUACUUUUAAAGACUGUACUUAGGUAAUGCCUCUUAAUCUUUGAUACCUGUACACUAAAUAUCAGUAACAUCUAAAAGUUUAAAUUGGAAGGAAAAAUCGUAAUGAAAUUACUUCACGAACAUGUUCUGUCUCUGUUCUCCUUUUUAUGAAGGAUUGUUCUGUCUACCAUACUUUUUUGGAAUAAUAACAGCUUUUGCACUAUGUAAAUACUAGUGGGGGAUCUUCCACAGUGAAAUAAAGAUGAUUAUAAGAA